UUGCAGUUGCGUAACGUCACGUGACAAAAGUGGACGUUUCCGACAUUUGUUUCCGGAAGCAUGGAGGCUGUACUGAGUGAUGUGGUGGCUCCUGAAGACCUUUUAAAAUUUGAGAAAAAGUACAACAGUGAGCUGAAGAAGGGAGCAGUUUCCAGAGAAACAAAAUUUGAAUAUGCUUGGUGUCUGAUCAGGAGUAAAUAUUCAGAGGAUAUCAAGAAGGGAAUUGUCCUUUUGGAGGAGCUUGUUCAGAAGGCAUCAAAGGACGACUCCCGGGACUAUUUGUUCUACCUUGCAGUGGCCAACUACAGACUAAAACAAUAUGAAAAAGCCUUGAAGUACAUCCGGACUCUUCUAAGGAAUGAGCCGGGGAACAAACAGGCUCUGGAGCUGGAGAAACUCAUUGAAAAGGCUCUAAAGAAAGAUGGCUUGGUUGGCAUGGCGAUUGUUGGGGGAAUCGGUCUUGGCGUGGCCGGUUUAGCGGGCCUCAUCGGCCUGGCUGUGUCAAAGGGAGCUGCCAAAUCCUAACCUGGGUGUGAAGACAUUUUUCUGGACUGACCCACUACAUAAAAAAUUAAUUCUGUGUGGAGACAUCUUGAGCUGUUUGGUUUAAAAAUGACUAUUACACAUAUUACACAUUUAAGGGUUUGAAUAAUGCCAGUAAAUAACCUGUUCUCCUGUUUUUAACAGGGCUGCCAGUCACCAUGUCCAUGACAUUACUUUGCUGUCUACUCACACAUUAUAGCAUGGCACUUUCUAAUUACCUGUGUAAAUAACUUAGAAUAAACAAACAGCAGCUCAGUUCUAUUUGAUUUCUUAGUGUGUGCACCUCAGCCUAAACUUCCUACACUGAUUUCUACAUUUAGUUAAAAAAAAAUCAUCUUUAUUAAAAUGCAGUUGCUGUUCUGUAACGGUUUCACUGUUUUUGACUUGUUAAGGAAAGUGUUAUUGGUGCAGUAGGAAGUGGAGCUUGUAAUGCCAAAAGAAACCAUGUGAUUUGUUUACUGGUCAGGUAACAGUGACUCUGCUAUUCCACUGACAGAAGGAUGUAGUCCAGCUUCUGCUGUGGAGUUAAUGACCAGAUGUUUGUAUUUAUUUUUGGAAAAUGUCAAUUUAGGUUAAGAGAGGUAACACACUUACUGGACAGUCAUACCUUUUUACAUUUAACUGUACUAUGCUGUGUGAAACAGUGUGCUUCCCAUCUUAUUAAAUAAAAUAACUUUGAACUGCAUAAGGA